AUGCAGCAACCUAAAUCAACAAAUUCAAUAUUUACAUUACUGCCUAAUGAAUAUAUUCUAUUUGAAUAUACUUAUAAAUUAGGUUUUUGUUGUUUUAGUUCACGAACAACAACUGUUACUAAUAUGCGUUUAAUUAUACGUAUCAUUAAAACACCAACAUUAUUUUCGAGAAAAACAUCAACUGGCAAAGAAAAGAGUAAAAUCAUAAAUCUUACAGAUAUUACUAAUAUCAAACAAAUACAAUCAGCAAUACUAUCGAAUCAAAAUAAAUGGUGGAUAAAAUGUAUUGAUAUAUUGACAUGUACAUGUUCAAAUCAAGAUAUUGAAUGGUUAGAUUUAUGUCAUGAUAUACAAAAUUUAGCAAUGGAGACAACUGAAUCUACGAUGGAAAUAAAUAAUAUUCAAAAAACAUUAUUAGUUGAACGAUUCUAA